UUCCUCUUCUUCCUGCUCUCAAACACAGCCAGCUCCACUCUGAGCAAACACUUCCUGGUUCCCUCCCCUUUAGAUCUACAGUUUCAACAUGGGUGGAACCAACAGGAGCUGACAGUCAGAGCUCAGACACAUGACUUGUAGAUCAGAGCUCAGACUAGCUUCAUUUAUGAGGAAGUGAAACUCAGACCAGCGUUGUUACUGAGAGCUGAAAUGGCACAGAGAGGAGUUCAGCCGGACCGAGAAACCUUCUCUUGUUCCAUCUGUCUGGAUCUACUGAAGGAUCCGGUGACUGUUCCCUGUGGACACAGCUACUGCAUGAACUGUAUUAAAACCCACUGGGAUAAAGAGGAUGAGAAGAGAGACUACAGCUGCCCUCAGUGUAGGAAGACCUUCACACCGAGGCCUGACCUGAGGAAAAACACCAUGUUAGCAGAUUUAGUGGAGGAGCUGAAGAAGACUGGACUCCAAGCUGCUCCUGCUGAUCACUGCUAUGCUGGACCUGAAGAUGUGGCCUGUGACGUCUGCACCGGGAGGAAACUGAGAGCCAGUAAGUCCUGUCUGUUCUGCUUGAUCUCUUUUUGUGAGAAACACCUUCAGCCUCAUCUUGAAUCUCCGGCCUAUAAGAAACACAAGCUGGUGGAGCCCUCCAAGAAGCUCCAGGAGAACGUCUGCUCUCGUCAUGAUGAGGUGAUGAAGAUGUUCUGUCGUACUGAUCAGCAGUCUAUCUGUUAUCUCUGCUCUGUGGAGGAUCACAAAGGUCACGACACGGUCUCAGCUGCAGCAGAAAGGACUGAGAGGCAGAGAGAGCUCGAGGGGAGUCGACUAAACAUCCAGCAGAGAAUCCAGGACAGAGAGAAAGAUGUGAAGCUGCUUCAACAGGAGGUGGAGGCUAUCAACGGCUCCGCUGAUAAAGCAGUGGAGCACAGUGAGGAGAUGUUCACUGAGCUGAUCCGUCUCAUGGAGAAAAGACGCUCUGAUGUGAAGCAGCAGGUCAGAUCCCAGCAGGAAACUGAAGUGAGUCGAGUCAAAGAGCUUCAGGAGAAGCUGGAGCAGGAGAUCACUGAGCUGAAGAGGAGAGACGCUGAGCUGCAGAAGCUGGCACACACAGAGGACCACAACCAGUUUCUACAGGACUACCCCUCACUGUCAGGACUCAGUGGAUCUACAAACUCAUCCAGCAUCAAGACCCGUCCUCUGAGGUACUUUGAGGAUGUGACAGCGGCUGUGUCAGGAGUCAGAGAUAAACUACAGGACGUCCUGAGAGAGGGAUGGACAAACAUCUCACAGACAGGGACUGAAGUGGAUGUUUUACUGUCACAACCAAGACCAGAACCAGAGCCCAAGACCAGAGCUGAGUUCUUGAAAUACUCACGUGACAUCCCACUGGAUCCAACCACAGUGAACACACUGCUGUUAUUAUCUGAUGGGAACAGAAAAGCAACACGUCUGGGUCAACAUCAGUCUUAUUCUAGUCACCCAGACAGAUUCACAGGUUGGUAUCAGGUCCUGAGUAGAGAGAGUCUGACUGGACGUUGUUACUGGGAGGUGGAGCGGAGAGAAACAGUUGAUGUAGCAGUCGCAUACAAGAAUAUCAGCAGAGCAGGGAGCUCACAUGAAUGUGUGUUUGGAUACAAUGACAAAUCUUGGUCUUUAGACUGUGUCAACAAGAGUUAUAACUUUAGGUUCAACAAUGUGCAGACUCCUGUCUCAGGUCCUCAGUCCUCCAGAGUAGGAGUGUACCUGGAUCACAGAGCAGGUAUUCUGUCCUUCUACAGCGUCUCUGAAACCAUGACUCUCCUCCACAGAGUCCAGACCACAUUCACUCAGCCUCUACAUGCUGGACUCUAGUGCUUAGUUUCUGGAUCAGCUGAGUUGCUUCGGCUGAAAUAGACUGAAGUGAUUUCAGGGACAGUGGGUUCACUUCUGUGUUUGAAUUCUUCAACUUGAUUUUGAUUCCUGUUUGUUGCUGAGAGCUGAUUGUUGUCAGCUGUCAAUCAAACUUGGUGGGCGGGACUUUGACAUCUUCUCCUUUGUUGUUGUAACUGUUAUUUACCAUGAAAUGGAUCAAAUACCAAUGAAUGAACAAUCCACCAAUAUCUAUAUCUAGGUUCAGUAGGAGGACGGGGAGCAAAACUCCACCACGACUGUAUAUGGCAACAAUGAAAAGAUUGAUUCACAGUUCAGAACAGUGUGAAUUUGAACUUUGAGCUUUGUUCCUUUUUAAAGCCCCAAAAAAGAACAAAGACAUAAACAAUCAGAAAAUAAUAAGACUUGCUAUUAACAAAUGUCCUUAACUUGUGUGUUUGUUCAGAGCUCUGUUUGAAUUUGAAAUGACCAGUAAAACUCAACAUCAGUUCAACUGUC